AUGUCGAACCUUCUCGCUGAGCAUCGACAAGCCAUUGCAUUGAGCAACAUGGGAGUCUCUCUUCUAGAAAAAGGCUUGUACCGCGAGGCUCUUGAAACAAUAAAAGAUUCUGUCGUUGCAAUCAAGGGGCUUUACGGUUCUCAGCGAUGUCGCUCACAAAAUGAACAUGAUGUGCCUGUCCCCCUUGCUGAUGAAGUAAAACGGGCGUAUCGACGACUAGCACAAGGCAAACGGGAAAUUGUCUCAAUCUCUAUUGAGGUGAUUGCAGACGACGACGGUUUCUGUUCUAUCAAGAAUCUGAAAAAAAAUCUUACUCAUUCUUCAAAUUUCUCAAUAUGCUACCCCAUUCGCAUCGAUUCCUUUAACUCUGAUAUGCAUUGUCUUGAUUUCCAUUCAGGAAUAGUUCUCCACAAUUUCUCCACUGCGCAUCUCUGCCUCUCUCGGCUCCCGGAAUUGUCGCCGAAUCGCGCUCAAAAACUUAGGGAUGGCGCGUAUAAGGUCGGCUGCCUCGCGAACAAAACUCUGGCAAAAUUGAUAUUGGACGACAAUGAGGCCACUUUUUGUGGACAAGUGCUGCAAGAAACCAGCUUGUUCAUUGCUACGCUGGCAACGCUUAAAACUCUUGUUUCAGUUCUUCACGAAAGCGGCUGCCUCCGAGAAGCGAAGGCAUUCUUUCAGCGCAUGUUAGACCUUCAAGGUGCAGUUCUUGAUGUUGGCGACGUCGAAUUGUAUUGUACAAUGGCAGCUUCAGCUGCUUAG